CUCAGGACAGAAACACACAAAAAAAAUAUGGACCAAACUCUAUAUUUCAUUCUUCUUCUCAUUGCCCUUUGCUCCAUAUCUGAAUGUGUUCAGCGUCAGUAUCACUUUAUAAAUCAGAGGAAGAACUGGACUGAAGCUCAGAGAUACUGCAGAGAGAAAUACACAGAUCUGGCCACCGUUGACAACAUGAACGACAUGAACGAGCUGAAGAAGAGUGUGAAUGAUAGAAAUGUUCGGUAUGUCUGGAUUGGGCUGCAGAAGACGGGUCAUGAUAAAUGGCAGUGGCCUUCAGGUGAACCUGCGCUCUAUCUGAACUGGGCUACUGGACAACCAGAAGGCAGAGAUGAUUGUACUAUGAUGUUAGAUGGACAAUGGCAUGAUUUGCCAUGUAGUGAUAACCGACAUUUCAUCUGCAACAACAAGAGCACAGGACUUGUCUUUGUCAAUCAGACGAUGAAUUGGAGAGACGCUCAGAGUUACUGCAGACAGAAUCACAUUGAUCUGGUCAGUGUGAGAAACCAGAAUGAGAAUCAAUGGGUUAAACAGUUUAUUACUGAUAGACAGUUAUCUGGAUCACAUGUCUGGAUCGGUCUGUUCAGAGUCAGAGACUCAUGGCAGUGGUCAGAUCAGAGUGACUCCUCAUUCAGAUACUGGAGCACUCAUGAACCUAACAAUGUUGAAGGUGAUGAAAACUGUACAGCUGUUGAACUGAACACAGGGGCACAGGGACAAUGGUUAGACAUGCAUUGCAACAACCACCAGUUUCCUUUUGUGUGUUACGAAGAUCCUGAACUGAUUCUGAUCAAAGAGAAUCGGACGUGGUCUGAAGCUCUGAGAUACUGCAGACAGAAUCAUGUGGAUCUGGUCUCGGAUCAUUCAGAAGAGAUGCAGCGUCGUGUGACGAAUGUGGUUAGAUGGGCGUCUACUGCGGCGGUGUGGUUGGGUUUACGUCACUCCUGCACUGUGGGCAUCUGGUACUGGGUGAGCGGAGAGACCGUGUGCUAUCAGAACUGGGCACCAGGGAACGGCACAUCAGAGGAGGACUGUGAACACACAGUGAGAUCUGGAGCAGUUCAGUCUGGAGGAGAUCAGCGCUGGAUCAGCCGUCCUGAAACUGACAAACUCAACUUCAUCUGCAGAAGAAAUUUAGAGUGAGACCUUUCAUGUGAGAUACAUUCUUGUGUGUUCACGUCCUCUAACUUUAUUUUCAUUAAUCACCUUCAGUAAUAAUUUUACAUAUAGUAAUUUCAGCAGACAGCCAUACCUGGGGGUUAAAAGGCAGAAAUCUUUUGCUCAGAUGUUUGUUAAUAUAGUUCAAACGUAUUUUUCAGUAAACAGUUACUGAGCUGUAAAUUGUUCUUUUGAAGGUCUGCAGGUGGAUGCAUUUUUGUUGAUGCAUAAGUGUGAUUCCUGCGAGUUUGUUUGCUCCAUUUGAAGAGCCUGAAAGGCCAGAAACACUGCUAAUGCAAGUUUUAACAGAUUUUUUCAACAUGCUGUGGCUACUUUUCUUUUUCAUAUAUUUUGUAUAUUACAUAUUAAUCAUGUCUUUAGAUUAGAAAUGACUGGUUGAAUGUGAGUCAUUUAGCACCAGCUUUAUGUGCUUCAGUUAAAUGAAAUAUUGUUUAUUCUUAAAGGAAUUAAGGUAUAGGAUAUAAAAUAUCUAUAAUAUAUUUGUACUAAAUAUAAAAGAAUGUGUCAACAACGGCAGCUCAAAUAAACACAUGUACAACCAGCAACCUCAUCU